UAAACUUAAAUUAAGAAAAUAAAGCACAUUUUCGUUUUCAUGAAUUUUUACGAUAUAGCCAGUUGACGAUAGCCAAUUUUGACUUUGUGGAUAUGGUAACUAGUGCUAACCCAGAAGGAGUUGCAACAUUUGAAGUAUCAAGAAGAAAGUAUUCAACCUAGCUACCUUGCUGUUUCUAUGUCUCAAGAUGACAAGCAUUUCCCUCCUGAGGAGUUGAAGCGCUGGAGCUCGCCUGGCCUUGAACAUGAAUUCACCAGAGGACACUUCUUCCUUUUCCACUCAGAAGACCUCAAAUUGGACUGACCACCAAACAUCCACUCCACAGCCAGGACUUAGUCCUGCUAGCCCAGUUCAAACACCUGUUUCAACCAACCCUGCUAGCCUGUCUCAAUCACUAAUUCCACCCCAGAUACAGAGGACCACAGAGAAAGGAACCUCUGAUGCAUCACAGCCACACGGUGAACGGCGCAAGAGGGGGAGGCCACCGAAAGACAAGAAACCUCAUACUGUCCCAGAACAUCACAUCCAGUCCACUUCAGAUUCAGACCCAUGUUCACAGCCAGAGGAACAGCGUAACGAAGGGUCCCAUCUCUGUAGUCCAUCUGUAGAACAAGGAGAUACAACCAGCCAUAAUGUUCUAAUUGCUGGAGAUCACACAUAUUCACUGACCAGAGAGCUAGAGUCUGAACCAUUUAUUUCACCCCAGAAACAGAGGACCACAGAGAAAGGAACCUCUGAUGCGUCACAGCCACACGGUGAACGGCGCAAGAGGGGGAGGCCACCUAAAGAAAGACGCCUCAUACUGUCCCAGAACAUCAGAUCAAACAGAUACACACCCAUGUUCACAGCCAGAGGACCAAACAGAGGCUGAGACACAGUCCUUGACACCCAACUCACCUGCGCCUGGCCUUGAGGACAGGUGUCCGGCACCGGUGACAAAGAGGAAGUAUACAAAAAAAUCGGAGACCCCUAAGGUAGACCAGUCGCAGGAGGUAGACCAGUCGCAGGAGGUAGACCGGUCGCAGGAGACUGACCAGUCACAAGAGAGUGAGGAUUUGAGCAAGAGGAAGCAUGCAUCUAAAACGUCACAGACCUCCAAGGUAGCUCAAUCACAGGAGACUGUCCAGUCACAGGAGACUGUCCAGUCACAGGAGACUGUCCAGUCGCAAGAGACUGUGAGGAAGUGGAAACAUACUAGAAAGUCACAUAGCCAUAAAGUAGACCAGUCACAGGAAACUGUGGGAAAUAGGGAAAAGACAUCUGAAAUAUCGCUGAAACGUAAGCUACAGUCACAAGUGGAGACUGUAAAAAAGAAAAAAUAUACUAAGAAAUCAAAGAGCCAUAAUGUAGUCUUUGCCAACCCCAUCUCACUCCCUGUGCUAUCUGCAGACCUCUCCCCCAGCGUUUCCUCCUCCACACACAACCCUCCUGCUGUCCCAAAGAGAAAACAUAGAAAAAAAACACAGAGCCACAGGGUAGACUCUGAGAUCCUCUCUUCAUUCCCUGUUCUAUCUGCAGAACUCUCUUCUGGCCUAAAGAGGAGCCUCUCUCCUACUCUCAGCCCUCCUGGCGUCUCUUCCUCGACAAACACACCUAAGAGAGUCAGAACGACAAGCACACCUAAGAGAGUCAGAACGACAAACACAAACACACCUAAGAGAGUCAGAACGACAAACACAAACACACCUAAGAGAGUCAGAGGCAGAACUAAGGUGGUCCAGCAGCAGAUGUGUCUUAGCUCCACCCCAGGCCCCAGAUCCUCCAUAGGAACAGUCAACCCCUUCUCUGUCUCUCUGUCUCCCCUGGUCCCCAGCUCUAAGCCAGACAGCCCUCAGAACGCCUCACCUAUCACCUGGAAGCUGUUAGAACAUCUAGACAAGAAUCCAGAGCCAGACGGAGCUGUACCCAGCAGUAAACCUUGGGGUAAACCCAGAGGUCGACCAAGGAACGACCCUGCUGGAGUGAAGUGGAGGAAGAACCCGCGGGAGUGA